GGGUUUAGAACGCCACGGAACGUCCGACGCCGAACAACUUUGUUACCGCUCUCCCAGAACGCGAAUAAAAUCCCCAAAAAAAACAUAUACUCACAUCAAGAGAGAGAAGAACUGGAGGAACAACAACCGCAGCAGCAGCAGCAGCAACACCAGCACCAGCAGCAGCAGCAGCAGCAGAAGCAGCAACAACGACACCGCAAAAAUACACGACCGGAGAGACAAUAAAAGUCGGCCAGCGGCCAAAAACGCGCUCAUUGCGUGCGCUGUUUUCGCAACGGCAACGGAAAAUUAGCCCCGGAGAAAGAAAGAGAAAGGGAAUAAAAAGAGAGUGAGAGAGAGAUAGAUAGGUAGUAGACUGUACGGCAACAGAAUACGGAUUGCGGAAUAUACACGGAAGAGGAGUCAGGAUGCGACACGCAUUUGUUGGAUUAAUUGUGUGCUGGCUGGCAGUUUGUCAACCGCAAGCUGAGGCGCAGUUUGGAGGCUUCGGAUUCCAGCCGCAGUUCCAGCAGCCCUUCCAGCAGCCCUUCCAGCAACAGGUAUACUACCGACCCCAAACCCAAUACCAGCCAGCGGUGGCUUAUCGCCAGCAGCAACCUGUGGCGUAUCAGCAACCACUGGCUUACCAGCAACCUAUAGCUUACCAGCAACCCAUAGCUUAUCAGCAACCCGUGGUUUACCAACAGCAACCCCAGCGUCGCCAGGGAUCCGUCUCCAAGGCCAACACGAAUGCCUACGAACGGCAGGUGGACUUUGGCAACAACCUGGAGUACACCCAGGGUCUAUCCAACUCCCGGGCGGUGACCAAACAGAACGGCAAUCGUGUGGUGACCAACAGUCAGGCCCAGACCCGUGACGUUGAUCUUGGUGGCCUCCAGUUGGGCAACACCCUCACCCGCACUAGGACGAAUGCCAACGGAGCUGUUUCUCAGGGUAUCGCCGAUCAGUUUAGGAUCGGAAAUGUUGGCCUGGGCGCUUCUCUGUCGCCCCAGAAUCUGCAGAACGGCUUUGGUCUGCAGCGCGGUGCCGAUGGCGAUCUGCGACUGGGUCUCGGUUUCCUCAACCUCGACCUGGACAGGAAUGUCCAGAACUCGAACACCCUGUCGCAGGCCCAGGUGAAUGCCCAGGGCAAGGGUGCCAAGGCGGGAUCCUCAAGCAACAGCCAGUCGAACACCCAGCAAUACGGCGGAGUCACCGUCACGGACACGCGCUCCAACUCGAAUGCCUUCGGCAAGGCACGCCGCGGCCAGACCUCGGCCAGCACCGGCGGCUUCGGCGGCACUGCAGCCACCAAUGGCCAGAGCUUCGGGGGACCCUUCCAGCGGGUGGUGCGUCAGCAGCCGGUGGCUCGCAGGCGACCCAAGCGGCGGGCACAGUUCGUGCCGUUCGGCUAUCCGGGCAGGCCCUUCGCCCCUGGACCCUUCGCCCCCCGACCCCUAGAAUGGGACAGACCUCGCCGGCAGUUCGGCGGUUUCGGAGGCUUCGGAGGAGGACCUGGAUUUGGUGGACCGGGAUUCGGUGAACCUGAGUACGGCCCUGAAAACCCCGAAUACUUCGGAGGUGGCCCAGGCUUCGAGAACUUCCAGCAACAGCAGCCGGGCCGGAAGAAGGGCCACAAGAACCAGCAGCAGGCCCAUGGUAAUGCCCAUGCCCAGGGUGGACCCGGAUUCAACCAGCAGGCCUCGACCAAUAACCAUGCCGGCAACGGCGACACCGGCAGCAGCAGCAUCAGCUCGAACCUGGCCCAAGACGGUACCAGCGGACAGGUGAGCUCGGCGAACACGAACACCCACCAGGGCCAGACGGCCAACGGUGGCUACGAGAGCAACCAGAACUCCCAGAGCCAGGCUCUGAACUUCAAGCCCGGCCAGCAGCAGGCCUCCAGCGCCAAUGCCAAUACCCAGCACACCCAGCAGGGCAACACGGACACCUACUCCUCGAACAGUGGCUCCACCUCGACGAACAAUAACCAGUUCGGAUCAUCGACCAACACGGCCAAUACCAACUCGCAGGUGGUCAGGGACGGAAACCGUCAGGACGCCACCAGUGAUGCCAACAGCCAGAGCAUCUACCAGGGCAACAACGGCCAGGGCGAUGCCACGGCCCAAACGAACGCCCAGACGAGCUCCCAGCAGGGACCCGGCGGUUUCGUGACGAACUCCGCCUCCAGCAGCGCCACAGCCACCGCCCAAAAUGGUCAGUCCGCCAACGCCAAUGCUGAUGCCAAUGCUGGCGGCGGCGGCUUCGGCCAAUUCGGUGGCCAGGGCGGUGCCGGCGCCAGUGCCAAUGGCGGUGGCUUUGGAGGCUUCGGUGGCGGCGGUAAUGCCAAUGCCAACAGUGGUGCGGGCGGUGCGGGCGCCAAUGCCGGCGCUAAUGGGGGUGGUUUUGGAGGCUUCGGCGGCGGCGGUAACGCGAAUGCCAACAGUAAUGCCGGUGGCUUCGGCAACUACGGCGGCUUUGGAUUCUUCGGACGUUAGUAGUCACGAGGUCACUCCACCCACACCACCACCGUCAGUCACACACCUUACCACCUACUCAAAAAUUUUUUUUAUGUCACCCACUUGAGCACAAGAAUAAAAGGCAUUUUGUU